AUGCGCCAAAUGAAGAAGAGCAGUAACCUCGUCAGUCUCAUAAAGACAGAGAUUAAGCCACGCUGUGAGGUUGUUACCAGAAAUGAAGAAUCAUCUUUUUUAAGGUUUGCUGAACUUCCUAGAGAGCUUCGUCUCCAAAUUUGGGAAGAGUACUUAGCGAAUGCUCCUCCGAGGGAUAUUCUAGUCUGGCGUGUUAAGAAUCCCAAGAUCCAUUGGUCCACCACUCGUGACAUCAACAUCUAG